AUGGCGGCUGCCUCCUCUGCAAAUUCCUGGGACUCUAUCAUUAACUCAUUCCUCUGCAGAUUCCAAGCUUUCUCGGACGUCCAUGGCCGUCUCCUCAACCCCCCCACCUCCUCUAUAUCCCAACAACCUCUCUGCCAUAACCCUAAGUCUCAAGCUUCUCAGCACUCUCAUGGCCGUGGCCGCCACCAGGGCCCUAAAGCCAGGGUCCAUGCAGACCCUCGUAAACCCCACCAACAAGUCAUCACUGAUAUUAACGGCCGGAAAUGCAGCAAUAGUUUUACAGAGCUCCAUAAACCGCAUUACCGUAAAAAUCAACCCAUCCUUGGAUACCUCCCCCACCGCAAUCAGAAUACCUCUGGCUCGGGUGGCUGCUCGAAAUCGCUCCAGAACCUGAAGGAUGUGAUGAAUAAUAACAAGAAGACAACAGUGACAAGGUCUUCAUCAUUGGCGUGGGCCGAUCAUGGCCUCUUGCCAAUGACCGGAUUGAGCAGUGCGCCACCAAGGCAGCAUUCUGCUGCCACCAGCAGUAAGGUCAAAGUCCUUUUAACGGAGGUCGAGGAGGGAUCGUCGUCUUUCAACAUAGUUGAGCUCAUAUUCAAGGCGGGUGGCGGCAGUAUGAUGAAGAUGGAGAGGGUGUUGAAGGUGAACAACUCCGCCAAGCGGACAGCGGCGUUCGAGGAAUACAGGGCAGCAGUGAAGGCAAAGGCCGGUGCCAAGAACAGCAGCAACAGCGAAGCAGCUCGGUGCGCAGCAGACGGGAACGAGCUGCUCCGCUUCCACUGCGCCCCUCUGGCCUGCCUCUCCAAGUCUGCAGCCCCCCGGCCCUGUGGGGACCCACGGUGUGGGGCCUGUACAUUUGUACACAAGGGCUUCCAAGUAGUUGACAAGAACAAUGGCAUAUGUUUCUCUCAUAGUAGUCGGAGGGCGCAUGAGAUGAAAUGCGGCCGCAGCAGCACGAGGACAAGGAUGGGGAUGCUGGUUUGCAGGGUGAUUGCUGGCAGGGUUUCCUCUCCUUCGAUUGGUGCUGAUUUCGAUUCUGUGGGGCUUGACUUUGGUGGGGUCAUCAUCUUUGAUGGGAGGGCUGUUUUGCCGUGCUUCUUGAUUAUUUACAAGCCCAAUUGA